GCCCGAGUACGGUUCAGUCGGCGAGUUUAGCUCAUCGGAUGCGUGAAGUCUGAAGGAAAACGGUGGAAAAUCUCCUCCCCAUACGGAGCACUAAAAGGCAAUUGUGAAAAAGAAAUAGAGUGAAGUGAAAAACGGAAACGUAGCAUUUGAAUCUUACAACAGUGAAUAGCACAGUGACAGAGUUAUUCAAGCAGAGUCGUGGAAAGCCAGAACUGGUGGAAGCAAUAGUCCGCUUACGAAACCGAGCCGAUCUUUUCCUCCGAGGAAAGUGAAACCGCAUUAAGGAGGGUUAACCUCUGCGUAAUCAGUGUAAAUGUUCGUGCAGCCGGGAAUUCGCAACUAAGCAAGCCAAAUCCAGAAUAGUUGUCAGUGUUUUCCGAGCAGUGAUUUGUGCGUGUAGGUCAUGGCGGACCUUGACUUUGCCCCUAGCUUCACCCAGAAGCCUCAGCUGCGCCAGGAGGAUGACGGGAAUCGCUUAGUGUUCGAGUGUCAGUUGAUCGCGAAACCGAAACCAGCAAUCGAGUGGUACCGCAGUGAAGAGCUGCUGUCACAGAAUGCCCGCACCAAGUUCAAGAUCCAGUCGUUCGGUGAGAACAAGUACUUCGUGGUACUGGAACUGGACGACGUGAUCGACACCGAUGCCGGUCUGUACAAGGUCAAGGCCAAGAAUCGGAUGGGUGAGGUGUCCGCGUCGAUCAAUCUCAACUUCAGCCAGCGAGUGGAGAAACGAGAACGACAAAUCGACGGCCUUGCGCCUACCUUCAUCAAGAAGCCCUCGAUCCAGCAGGAGAACGACGGCAAGCGGUUGAUUUUUGAGUGUCAGAUUCAGGCCGAUCCGAAGCCCCAAAUUCGAUGGGCCCACAACAACAAGGUCAUCGAUUUCACCCCUCGGCAUAAGUUUAAGGAAACGAACGAUGGCAAGGUUUACUUCGCUACAUUGGAGGUCGACAAUGUGUCGUUCGAGGAUUCGGGCAAGUACAAGGUCACAGCCAAGAAUGAGCUGGGUGAAUCCAGCGCAACCAUCAGUUUGAACUUUGACAGUGAGGAAGUUCCCAUACCAGCGGAUGGUUUUAAACCAGCUUUUACCGAACGACCUGUCACACGACAAUCGGAUGACGGCAAGAAUAUAAUAUUUGAGUGUAGAUGUAUCGGUGAUCCGAAACCAACAUACACAUGGUACCACGAAAAGAACGAAGUUCAAAUGGGUGGCAGAUUCCAAAGUGAGGUAGAGGAAGAUCAGAACCACUGUUAUCUGAUACGGUUUACGAUCAAGGACGUGAAGCAGUUAGACCGGGGAGUGUACAACUUCCUGGCGAAGAACAAACACGGUGAUUCCACGGCGACCAUUAAUCUGAAUUUCGAUUCAAGUGCGAAAUUAGUAAAUCCUGAGGGCAAACCGCCCCGCUUUCCACAGAAGCCUACCAUUUCCCAGAAGGGCGAAGUGCUCUCGAUGGAGUGUAUCCUGGAGGCCCUGCCAGUGGCCGACAUUACCUGGUACCAUGGCCAGGACACAAUUACCGACGGCGAACGGUUCAAAAUCUUGCGAAAAGCGAUCUCAAUCGAUACCUAUCUAUUGACACUCCAAAUUUCACAACCGACCGCCAACGAUGGGGGCAUCUAUCGUUGCCACGCUUUCAAUCCGUUCGGGGAAAGCAACGCGCACAUUACGCUUAACUUUAAAGCGAACGAAAAUGAUAGAGGUUUCGCUCCUUCUUUCGUGGAGAAACCGAAGAUCAUCCCGAACAAGCUGGGCACGCUGAUAACGAUGAAGUGUAGAUGUAGAUCGAAGCCGAAACCGACCGUCAAGUGGAUGCGCAAAAAACAAGAGGUAAAGUCGUCCGACAAAGUUACAUUGGAGGUGAAAACCGUGGACGAAGAUACGUACGAGCUGACACUGAACAUCAAGGAUCCUAGCGCAGAGGACGGUGGUAGCUACUCGUGCGUCAUCAGCAACGAGUUCGGCGAAAGUAGUGCGACGUUAAAUCUGAACAUCGAAAGCGAACAGGAAUCGGCGAAGAACGCUCCGGUGUUCGUGGAGAAACCGCACAUCGUUUCGCUGGACAAUGGCAAGUUGGUUCGCAUGGAGUGCAAGGUCAAAACCGAAAUUAAGCCCGACAUCACGUGGACACGGGAGGGCAAACUGCUGCAGGAAACGAACAAACUCAAGAUCACCAUCACCGCAGAGAAAGAUGUCUACCACAUCUCUCUGGUGCUCAAAGAUCCACAGACGGAAGACUCCGGCACUUACAAGUGUAAUAUUAAAAAUAUUCUCGGAGAAUUAAAUGCUAAUUUAAUUCUUAACAUUGAGAUUGUUCCUGUUAUCAAGGAAAAACCGAAACUGGUAACGAACGUCAAAAAACGAAUGGCGGCCAUCGAGUGUACGGUCGCGUCCCGCUUUAAGCCGGAGUGCAUUUGGAUGAAGGAGACGACGGUGAUCAAGGAAACGCACCGUCACCUGAUCAAGAUCGAGGAGGUACGCGAGGGUGAGUUCUCGGUGAAGCUGAACAUCAGCGAUCUGAGCGAAGCCGAUUUCGGUGCUUACAAACUGGUUGCCAAGAACGACAAGGGCCAGGCCACCUCGCAGGUGAUCGAGAUCAAGGAUAUCGUGUUCGAGAAGCCACCGCCGACCAAACCGAUCAUCGAGUCCAAGUUCACCGACGUGGAGAUCGACGAAGGUGGCAAUCUGACGCUGGCCGUAGGCUUGCUCCAUCCGGAUCGCCAUUUCAAGGUGUACUGGAUGAAGAAUAAGACUAUUCUGAAGACCAGCGAAACUGUCAUUCAGGAGUUCAGUGGACGAAUGGCGAAGCUGCAGGUUAAGAACUGUACCGUUGAGGAUGCCGGUAUGUACAAGGUUUCCAUUAGUAACGAAACUCAGAGUGCCGAGUGUGAAGCUAAGGUUUCGGUUAAGGCGAAACCGAAAGAGAAAGAUGAGGAAAAGAAGAAGAAGGUCACGAAGAAGGUUGAAGAGAAGAAGGUAGAAAAAAUCGAAGAAAAGAAGGUUGAAGUGAAGAAAGAGAAGAUCGAGAUGAACGGUGUCGAGCAGGUAGCUGAAAUCAAGGUUGAAGAGAAGAAGGCUGAGAUUAAGGUUGAAGCUAAGAAGGUGGAAGAAAAGAAAGGAGAGAUUAAAGUGGAGGAGAAGAAGGCCGAAGCUAAGGUGGAAUCCAAGAAGGUCGAGGAAAAGAAGGCCGAAGUAAAGAAGGUCGAGGAAAAGAAGGCCGAAGUCAAGAAGGUCGAGGAAAAGAAGGCCGAAGUAAAGAAGGUUGAAGAGAAAAAGGUUGAAGCUAAGAAGGUAGCUGCCAAGAAGGAAGAGAAGAUUGAAAUCAAAAUUGAAGAGGAAAAGCAGGUUGAAGCCAAAAAGGAGGAGAAAAUCGAAAUCAAAAUCGAAGAGGAGGCUAAGCCGGAUGUUCCGAAAGUUAAAGAGCCACCAGGAGCCCAAAAAGGAUUGGAGGCACCUAGUAUUGAAAUCAUUCGAGACAAAAAUGGUAGCAGACGAGGUUCAUUUUUGGAUGACCGUCGUCCUAGCUUGUUGAUGGGUGAUGAUACUAAACUGCGACCUGGAGAAGUUAUCGACGAACGAAAGAAACGACGACCAUCAAUCGAUGUACGACGUCCGAGCAUCCAAGAUAUGGACGAGAAGAUCAAUCUGCCAUCGACGCCAUUGCGCGCCAUUGGCGAGGAAGGCAAACCGGCGGCCAUUGUUGACUUCCAGGAGAGCUACUCUGCCGUUGAAGAUCAAACCGGCUACAUCUCGAUCCAAGUCGAAGGCAACCCGGCUCCGACGUGGAAAUUCUUCAAAGGUAUCACCGAACUGGUUGACGGGGGCCGUUACAAACAUCACACCGACGGCGAAAGUAAUACCAUUACCCUCUGUAUCCGGAAAGUUAAACCGAACGAUGAGGGCAAGUACAAGGUGGUGGUGUCCAACGCCCACGGCGAAGAUUCGGCGGAAGUGCAACUGUACGUAUCCGACUCCAGCGGUAUGGAUUUCCGUGCCAUGUUGAAAAAGCGAAAGUACGCCAAAUGGGGAAAGGAGGAGAAAGAUCCCGACUGGGGUGAUCUCAAAGAAGUCGAAAAACCGAAACCGCAGCUGAAAAAAGUCGAGAAAAAACAAGACACGUUCUCGAAACCACUCGUAGAUAUCACGUGUAAGGAGGGUAAGGACAAGAAGGUCACAUUUGAAGCUAAUUUCACCAAACCAAACGCGAAGGCGAAAUGGAUGCUCCGUAAGGAUGAAAUCUUCACCGGUUCCAAGUACAAGUUCAAGGCGGAAGGUGAUUUGUACACUUGUGUAAUCACCAAUCCCAAGGUAGAGGAUGCCGGCAAGUACACACUGGAAAUUGCAGGCGUAUCAUGUUUCGCUUAUCUGACCGUUGAGGAAGCAGAUCCGGUGUACAAAUUCACCAAAAAUCUGAAGAAGGUUGAGAAAGGUUUCUUGACCCAUGAUACCACGCUGGAGUGUGCAGUAGAUAAUUCAUUGGCUCCUAUUUCUUGGUGGAAGGGAGAGACGAAACUGGAAAGCAAUGACAAAUAUGUGAUCGGCAAGGAUCUGAACGGAACAGUUUCACUGAUUAUCAAGAACUGCACUAAUGCCGACGCCGACUCGUACACUUGUAAGAUCGAGAACCAAACGGAUAAAACGGAGACCAAGCUCAAAAUUCUCGAGUACAACUAUAAGUUUACUAAGGUACUCAAGAGCCAGUCCUUGUUCGUCAAGGACACCGUAACUCUGGCAUGUGAACUGGAUCACGUUUUGGGUAAGGUCGAGUGGUUCAAAGGGGAUACUAAGAUUGAAGAAAGCGACAAGGUUCAAAUUAUCAAGGAUGGCCGAAAGCACAAACUUGUACUGAAAGAUGUGGAAAAGACAGACAGCGGAAUCUACCGAUGUGUAAGCAAUGCCGACAAGACCGAAGCUGACAUUCAAGUCAAACGACCGAACAAAAUCAUGAAGCGUCUCCAGGAUACAACUGGCGAUGAAACACAGAAGUGUGUCCUAGAGAUACAGGUUCAGGACGAAGAAGCCGAUGUUAAGUUCUUCCUCGGCGACGAGGAAAUCACCAAAAGUGACCGAAUCGAUAUUGUGGCAGUCGGUGACGGUACUCAUAGGCUUAUCUACAACAAGCUGGAACUGGGUGAUGCGGGUGAGAUUCGUUGCGAGUGUGGUCCGCUAACAACCAAGUGUACACUGAAGGUAAACAAGAAGGAAACGAAGCCAGUAUUUGAAGUUCCGCCCAAGGUCGAAACACCGGCCAAGGCGGAGAAGAUCAUGGAAGUUCCAUUCACAACUGGUGAAUCUCGCCAGUCUAAAGUCAUCGCCAAAGUGUUCAAAGAUGGUAAACCGGUAUCACCGGAUGAUGUUGAUAUAGUUGUAGAGAAAGAUAAGGUCAUAAUUAAGUUCAAGAAAACCGAGUUCAAGGACUCUGGCGAGUAUAAAAUUGUGCUAGAAAAUGCCACGGGUAUUGAAGAGCAUACCACCAGUGUCGUGUUCCAGGAUAAACCUCAGGCGCCAACCGAGAUUCAGGUUGUCAAUGUUUUCCAGACUCGUUGUGUUGUCAAAUGGAAGGCACCGGUCAACGAUGGUGGUGCGGCACUUUCCAAAUACGUACUGGAACGACAGGACGUGUUCAAGCGAUCCGGUUGGGAAGUCCUCCAGGACGUGCCCGGUGAUCAGACAAAGUUGGCCAUCACUGACCUGAGCCCAGGUCGACAUUACAAGUUCCGUAUUAAAGCCGUGAAUAAAAUGGGCGAAUCCGAUUACUGCAGCAUGGAGGAAGACUUCAUUGCUAAAGAUCCAUGGACUGAACCGGAUCCACCGAGAGAUUUGAUCAUUUCCGAUUGGGACAAAGACUUUGUUGAGCUUUCGUGGAAGGUUCCGGCAUCCGACGGUGGAGCUGCUAUCAAGAGCUACGUCGUUGAGUAUAAACCGUACACGGCUGCCAAUUGGAAAGUCUUUGAGGAAAUCGGUCCUGAUCAGCUGAAAACCACUCUACGUGGUCUGAAGGAAGGUGAAACGUUCGAGUUUCGAGUGAAAGCUACUAACCAGGGAGGUUCGAGCAAACCUAGCAAUAAUACGGAACCACUAAGAAUCCGUGACAGAUAUGUCAAGCCGUUUAUCGAAGGGGAAGGUUUGCAGCCGAUUACUUUGAAAAAGGGUCAAACUAUUCGAUACUAUGCACAAUAUGGAGGGGAACCAGAACCGGAAGUUGUUUGGGAGAAGGAUGACGUUCUCAUCAUUUGUGACUCCGAAAAACGGAAAACUAUCGAUGUUGAAAGCUAUGCCACAACCCUCCAAGUCCGGCAUGCCGUUCGAGCGGACUCCGGCAAUUACAAACUUAAACUCAAGAAUAGUAGUGGAGAGUUUGUUACUACGGCCAAGGUUCUGGUAUUAGAUGUUCCCACGCAACCCAUCGGGCCGAUCGAAAUUGUAAAAGCAAGAUCGAAUCAUGUAGUCAUCAGUUGGAAACCACCGGAAGAUACUGGAGGCUGUCCAUUGACGGGCUAUCUUCUGGAAAAGAUGGAUGUGGAAAACGGUACUUGGCUGCAAGCCGGAGAAUGUGGUGCCGAUCAGCUCACUUUUGACUUCCAGCAUUUACAGAAGGGACGGAAGUUUGAGUUCAGAGUGAAGGCCUACAACAAAGAGGGUGAAUCGACACCACUGGAAACACUGCUAGCGGUAAAGACUGUCAAUCCUUACGAUCCCCCAGAUGCUCCUGGUAAGCCGUUCGUUGAUGACUACGGUAUCGAUUAUGCUGAACUUAAAUGGGAAGCACCGGAGAAGGACGGUGGUCGUCCGAUCACCCACUACAUCAUCGAGUUCAAGAACAAGUUCUUGUCCGACUGGACUGAAUGUGCCAAAACCACGACACCGGAGACCGUAUUCAAAGUACCUGGUCUGAAAGCCAAAGUGGUUUAUCAGUUCCGGGUACGUGCCGUCAACAAAGGUGGCAAUUCAAAGGCUUCGGAGCCCAGCGAUAACCACACUGUGAAACACAAGAACCUGAAACCUCGCAUCGAUCGGACCAAUUUGAAGAACGUCACGAUCAAAGUCGGCAAGUCUCAUCUCUGGUCUGUGGACGUGCAAGGUGAACCAGAGCCAGAGAUCAUAUGGAGCUGGCGAGAUAACAUUCCACUAACAGUAACCGAGAAUAUUAAGGUUGAAAAUGGCAAUUAUCACACCAAUUUUUCGAUAAAAGAAGCUAAACGGGCCGACACUGGAAAGUAUAAAAUUACAGCCCAGAACGCUUCCGGUAAAGAUGAAGAAACCGUGGAGUUGGUUGUGUUGGGCUCACCUGGAAAAUGUCAAGGCAAAUUGGAAAUUUCGGAUGUCACCAAAAAGGGCUUGAAACUGAAGUGGAAGAAACCGGCCGAUGACGGCGGUAGUCCAAUCACGGAAUAUAAGAUCGAGAAGUUGAAGAACCGUAAAGGCAAGUGGGUCCGUUGUGGUACGGUCAAGGGAGGACCGGAGAUACUAGAAGCGGUCAUUAACAACUUAGAUGAAGGUCAAACCUACAAAUUCCGUGUUAUUGGCGUCAACGCCGAGGGUGAAUCGGAACCACUGGAAUCAGAUGAAGUGGUUGCCAAAAAUCCCUUCGAUGAGCCUUGGAAACCCGGCCAGCCAGAGAUUGUUGAUUACGAUAAUAAGUCUGUCAAGCUAAAGUGGGCCCCUCCGAAGUCCGAUGGAGGUGCUCCGAUUCAGAAAUACGUCGUGCAGAAGAAAGAGCGUUUCAAAGAAUGGGAAGAUGUUUCUGAAGUUCCCGGAGGAGAGUGUACGGCCACUGUUGAGGAUCUGAAAGAAAAUACGGAAUGUCAAUUCCGUAUCGUUGCUGUCAACAAGGCAGGUCGUUCGCCUGAAUCGGAUCCAACCAGUACACAUAAGGUUAAAUAUCGUGCAUUGAAACCACGCAUUGACCGUACGAACUUGAAACCGAUUGUUGUUCGCGGUGGUAAGAUGAUCCAUUUCGAUGUGAACGUAAAAGGUGAACCAGAACCGGAGAUAACGUGGAUUCUCAAGGAGAAACCAGUUUUCAACGAUGAUCACUACGAAAUUAUAAACCAAAACUACAACACCAAGUUCACGGUCAAGGACAGCUUGCGUAAACAUAGUGGUGUUUACGAGAUUCAGGCCAAGAACGAACACGGUAUGGAUAAAGAAAAGGUUGAAGUUACGGUGCUCUCAAGUCCUGGCAAACCAAAGGGACCACUGGAAGUUAAAGACAUUACCAAGGAUGGAUGCAAACUGAAAUGGAAGAAACCAGAUGAUGACGGUGGCGUACCCAUCACUGGAUACGAAUUACAGAAGUACGACCAGAAGGUUGGAAGAUGGAUCCCUAUCGGCAAAGCCCCAGCAACUGCCGAGGAGUUUGAUGUCACCGGGCUUCAAGAAGGCCAACACUACAAAUUCCGUGUCAAAGCCAUUAACGACGAGGGUGAAUCGGAGCCUUUGGAAACGGAUGAAUACAUGGUUGCUAAAAAUCCAUUUGAUGUACCGAAGGCACCAUCGGAUCUGGUCAUUCACGAUUGGGAUAAUACUUCGGUAACUUUGCAAUGGAAACGUCCAUCGUCAGAUGGUGGUGCCCCAAUUACUGGAUAUUGUAUCGAAAAGAAAGAACGCGGUGAGACGAAAUGGGAACCGGCACUUACGACGUACAGUCCCGAGUGUCAAGCAAAGGUUACUGAUUUACCAGAAAAACGUACCUACCAGUUCCGCGUCAGUGCGAUCAACAAAGCUGGUACUGGUGAAGCUUCCGAUCCUACUAAUUUCCAUACUAUCAAACAUCGCUACCUGCGUCCACGUAUCGACCGUACGAAUUUGGUGCCGAUUACCAUCAAGGCCGGUCUCUCGGUGCAGUACGACAUCGAUGUCGAGGGUGAGCCAGCUCCGACCGUGAAAUGGUUCCGCGGAGACAAGGAAGUAACGACGGAUGCCGACUACAAGGUGGAUAAUGUGGAUUACAACACCAAGCUGUUCAUUUUACGUGGACGUCGAAAUCUCAGCGGUAAAUACACGAUCGUGGCUACCAAUUCGCAAGGUGAGGAUCGUGCCGAGGUGGAAGUGACGAUCCUUAGCAAACCAAGUACUCCUGAGGGUCCACUGGAAGCAACGGAUGUACACAAGCAUGGCUGUAAGCUGAAGUGGAAACCUCCGCUGGACGAUGGAGGUAUGCCAAUCGAGGGUUAUGAAAUUGAGAAGCUAGAUCCCCUUACCGGACAAUGGAUUCCAUGUGGUCAAAGCAAUACUCCUGAGGCUAACAUCUCUGGUUUACAAGAGGGUAAACAGUACAAAUUCCGUGUUAAAGCCUUCAACAAGGAAGGUGACAGUGAUCCGUUGGAGAUGGAGACUGUAAUAAUAGCCAAAGAUCCAUUCAGUGAACCUAGCAAACCAGGCCGUCCAACGCCCACUAACUGGAGCAAGGACUUUGUCGAGCUGGAAUGGACCAAACCGAAAUCGGAUGGUGGAGCUCCCAUCAGUGAGUAUAUUAUUCAGAAGCGAGACAAAGCUAGUCGUAAAUGGCAGGAUGCGGCAACCGUCAGCGGUGAUCGUACUCGUGGCGUAGUCGAAGAUGUAGAAGAAGGUCAUGAGUAUGAAUUCCGUAUUGUUGCCGUUAAUAAAGCUGGUCCAUCUGAGCCUAGCGAUAUAUCUGACAGUGUUGUUGCUAAGCCUCGGUUCCUUGCUCCUAGGAUCGAUCGUAAGAAUUUGGAUAAGAAAAUAUUACGCAGUGGACAGCUGCUUAAUGUUGAAGCUGAUGUAACCGGUGAACCAGCACCAAAGGUUACUUGGGAACUGAGUGGCAAACUGAUUCUUGGCAGAGAUGAAGAUCGAGUCCGAGUGGACAAUGAAGACUAUAAGACAAAUUUGAUUAUAAGAAACUUGAAACGUGCCGAUUCUGGAAUAUAUAAGGUAACUGCCAAAAACGAUUCCGGAACAGAUACCGUGGAAAUGGAACUGGUAGUUUUGGCCAAACCGUCAAAAUGUAAGGGUCCACUCAAGGUAUCGGAUAUGACCGCCGAAGGAUGCAAGCUUAGUUGGCUGCCACCGGAGGAUGACGGCGGUGAACCAGUUCAGUCUUAUGUGGUUGAACGAAUGGAUGUGGACAGCGGUCGCUGGAUACAAGUUUGUGAAUCUCGUUUCCCAGAGGCCGAUGUUACCGGUUUACAGGAAGGCAAAGAUUACAUGUUCCGUGUGAAGGCAGUCAAUAGCGAAGGUGAAUCGGAACCGCUAGAAACUGAUACCAGUGUGAAAGCAAAGAAUCCUUACGAUCCACCAAGUGCUCCCGGAAAACCCAAGCCUACUGAUUGGUCCAGGAAACACGUAUUCUUGGAAUGGAACGAACCGGAAAGUGAUGGUGGAGCUCCGAUUACAAAGUAUAUUGUAGAAAAGAAAGACGUUAACAGUACCAAAUGGCAGAAGGCCCUGGAAACGGACGGACCCAUUAACAAAGCUAAGAUACCGGAUCUUUUCGAAGGCACGACAUAUCAGUUCCGGGUAAAGGCCGUGAACAAAGGAGGCCAAAGUCCAUACUCUCCGUUAUCUGAACCGGUAUUGGUUAAAGAUCGUUUUGCACCGCCAAGAAUCGAUCGUUCAACGCUCAAGAAUCUAACCCUGAAGGGUGGUCAAUCUUUGAAGUUGGAUUGUAAGAUUAGUGGCGAGCCAGCACCUACCAAAUACUGGUUACUGAAUAAAGCACGAGUCGAGAAGGACAGCCCAGAUGUUCGUGUUGAAUUUGAGGAUUACCGUGCGAAACUGACCAUAGGAAGUGUUACACGUGCCCAUAAUGGCACUUACGAAAUAAAGGCAGAAAAUCCAUCCGGUUAUGACGAAGUACAGAUCAGUAUUACCGUGCUCGACAAACCGACUCCUCCGGAAGGACCACUAAAGGUGUCGAAUGUACACAAGGAAGGAUGCUCUCUGAAGUGGAAUCCUCCACUAGACGAUGGUGGUGUUCCGAUUGACCACUACAACGUGGAAAAAUUCGACAAAGAAACACAGCGUUGGGUUCCUGUUGGAAGAUCUGCUGAUACUCAUAUGGAAGUCGGCAAUUUGGAACCAGGACAAGAGUAUUUGUUCCGAGUGUCGGCUGUCAAUGAUGAAGGUGUUUCGGAACCGUUGGCUACCGAACAAUACAUGGUUGCCAAAAAUCCCUUCGACGAACCAGGAAAGCCUGGAACUCCGGAAGCGUACGAUUGGGACAAGAACUUUAUUGAACUGCGAUGGACUCCACCGAUGAGUGACGGUGGCUCUCCGAUUACCAAGUAUAUCGUUGAGAAGCGCGAGCAUGGCACAAUUAAGUGGAUCAAGUGUGCUGAAGUAAUCGGAAACAAGUGCGAAGCCAAGGUUACCGAUUUGAAUGAAGGUGAAGUGUACGAGUUUAAGGUACGGGCAGUCAAUGAAGCUGGUCCAGGAGUUUGGAGUGACCAGAGCAAGCCAAUCACAGCCAAGCCAAGAAAACUUCCGCCUAAGAUUGAUCGCCGUAAUCUUAAGAAUUUGAGUGUUGCUAUUGGCGAACCAUUUGGUUUUGAUGUCAAGAUUUCCGGAGAACCAGCACCGGAUGUCGACUGGACGAUUAAUGAUCGAAUGGUGACUGUUACUACCACUCGUACGAUCGAUAACGUUCCAUACAAUAGUAAAUUCGUCAAUACCAAUCCGGACCGUCGAGAUUCUGGCAAGUACGUGAUCAAGGCAACCAACAAGUUCGGAAGUGAUCAGGUUGAGAUUACGGUUACUGUGAGAUCCAAACCAAGCAUUCCCGAGGGUCCUCUGGAGGUUAAGGACAUGACAAAGGAUAGCUGUCGCUUGGAAUGGCAGAAACCCAAGGACGAUGGAGGUGUCCCGAUCGAUCAUUAUGUCAUCGAGAAGUUCGAUCCGGAUAAUGGCAUAUGGAUGAGCGCUGGUAAAACCGACGGCCCUAUCACUGAAUUCCCUGUUGAAGGAUUGGUACCUGGUCAUCGUUAUAAAUUCCGUGUGAAGGCUGUCAAUCCGGAGGGCGAAUCAGAACCUUUGGAGACUGCAGGAACUGUUGUGGCAAAGGAUAGUUUCACUGUGCCCGAUACUCCAAGUGCUCCAACGGUCGCCGAUUGGUCCGAAAACCACGCCGUGCUUAAAUGGCCUGAACCUGAUGAUGGUGGCAGCCCGAUCACUGGGUACAUUAUCGAGAAGAAGGACAAAUACAGUCCGAUUUGGGAGAAAGCGCUGGAAACUAGCACCCCAGCUGCAACUGCUACUGUGGGUGGUCUCGUGGAAGGCAACGAGUACCAGUUCCGUAUUAUUGCGGUUAACAAAGCUGGUCAGUCGGAUCCGUCCGAUUCUAGUCGUACCUUCACUGCCAAGCCACGGUUCGCUCCACCGAAGAUCGAUCGCAGAACCAUUCGGGAUGUUUCGAUAUCCGCUGGAUCAAUGCUUAAAUUCGAUGUGCAUGUUUCUGGCGAGCCAGCUCCGAAGUGCGAGUGGCGCAUCAACAAAGCUACUAUUCCGAGUGAUAAGCGAGUGGAAGUUUUGAAUACGGACUACAAUUCCAAGUUCAUUAUGCGUCCAGCGAAUCGUGGUGACUCGGGUGACUAUGAAAUAACGGCCACCAACUCGUCGGGUCGCGAUCAGGUAUGCGUUCAAGUGAUCGUUACUGAUAAACCAGGCCAGCCGGAAGGACCACUGCAGGUAUCGGAUAUCACGAAGGAAAGCUGCAAAUUGAAAUGGAAACGUCCACGUGACGAUGGUGGUUGCGAUAUUGAGUACUAUCAAAUCGAACGCUUUGAUGAUGAGGCCAACGCAUGGGUUCCACACGCUCGAAGUGUUGAAACCAAUGCCGAUAUCAGUGGUUUGCAAAACGGAAAGAAAUACAAAUUCCGCGUUAGUGCUAUUAAUGCCGAAGGAGAGUCUAAACCUCUGGAACAAGCCGGUGACUUUAUCGCGAAGAAUCCAUUCGACGAACCGUCGGCUCCACGUGAUUGCAAAGCUACUGACUGGGGACCAGAAUUCGUCAAACUGGCAUGGCAGCCACCGAUUAGCGAUGGCGGUUCUCCAGUUACCGGUUAUGUAGUAGAAGUCAAGGACAAAUACGGUGAAUGGGAAAGAAAAAUGCAGGUCCCCGCCGAUGCUAAAGAGGCGACUGUUCCCGAUCUAAUCGAAGGCCAGAAAUACGAAUUCCGUGUUCGCGCAAUCAACGACGCUGGUGCCAGUGAUCCUAGCAAUGCUACACCACCAGUUAUCUGCAAACCAAAGAAUCAACCACCAAAGAUUGAUCGUACCAAUCUGAUUGAUGUGCGAAUCAAGGCCGGUAACAAUGUGGUGUUUGAUGUGAAAGUCAGUGGUGAACCAGUUCCGACUACACGGUGGUCACUGAACAAACGUCCAAUCUCACAAAACGAGCGCUUUAAGAUUCAAAAUUACGACUACAACACCAAGAUUACAGUGCGUUCCGCUACCCGUGCAGAAUCUGGAACCUACACUAUCGAAGCGGAGAACGAAAAUGGUAAAGACUCGGCCAAUGUGUUCGUUACUGUAUUGGACAUACCAAGUCCACCUGGAGGACCACUCAAGGUAGCAGAAAUUACUGCCACUGGAGCUGUUUUAGAAUGGCGGGCACCGGAAGAUGAUGGUGGCCUACCAAUCGAUAACUACAUAAUUGAGAAAUUAGACGAAACCAAAGGAACCUGGGUGUAUGCUGGAGAUUCGGGUGGCAGCAAGUGCCAGGCAGAAAUCGAUGGGCUCAUUGAAGGACACUCGUACAAGUUCCGUGUACGCGCACAGAACAAAAUGGGCAAGUCGGAACCAUUAUCAAUGGCUAAUGCUGUUGUGGCUAAAAAUCCGUUCCGUGCACCUGGCCGUCCCGAAAAUGUGGUUAUCAAAGACUACGACAAGGAUUAUGUUGAGCUGGAAUGGAAAACUCCGGAUAACGAUGGCGGCGCUCCGAUAACCGGUUAUGUGGUUGAAAAGCUCAGCAAGUAUUCUGGAGAUUGGGAAAAAUGUACUGAAGUUGAUGCCGAUAGCAAUACUGCCAAGGUACCGGACUUGAUCGAAGGAGCGGUUUAUCAGUUCCGUGUCAAGGCUAUCAACCGUGCUGGAGAAGGCGAAGCAAGCCGACCAACAGAAUCUCACACAGUCCGAAGCAAGAAUCAACCACCAAGGAUCGAUCGAAACUCUUUGUCCAAUGUCAAGAUUCGUGCUGGUCUUACGUUUGAGUUUGAUGUUCCCGUACAAGGAGAACCAGUUCCUGCAAAGGAAUGGUCUCAUAAGGACAAUAUGAUUAUUAAUACGGAUCGUGUUAAGGUGGUGUAUGAGGACUACAGAACUAAAAUUCGCGUUAUGGAUGUAAAACGUGGGGAUAGUGGCGUUUACACUUUGACGGCUAAGAACAAGAACGGUGUUGACAUUGCUGAUGUUAAUGUUAUUGUGUUGGAUAUUCCUGCUCCACCGGAAGGACCAAUCCGUUUCGAGAAUCUGUCUAAGAAUGGUGUGACCUUGAUGUGGCGCCCACCGAAGGACGAUGGUGGUUCGGAAAUUCUGCACUAUGUUGUUGAGAAGCUGGAUACUGAUCAGCUUCGCUGGAUUCCUGUAGGCGAAACUAUUUCUACUAAAAUCCGCCCGGACAAUUUGAUCGAAGGCCAUUCUUAUCAAUUCCGCGUCCGUGCUGUCAACAAACAAGGAGAAUCUAUUCCUUUGGCAACAUCGCAACCGAUUACCGCUAAAGAUCCAUAUACUAAACCGGACAAACCGGGCAAGCCUGUCGUUGUGGACUGGAGCGACAAUCAUGUGGACUUGGAAUGGAGCAUUCCGAAGAAGGACGGUGGAUCUCCAAUCACUAGCUAUAUAGUGGAAAAGAAACCUCGAUAUGGCGACUGGAAGUUUGCAGGAGAAUUCACUGAACUGUACAAACCAUCGGCUAAAAUAAAAGAUCUGACCAAAGAUGAAGAAUAUGAAUUCCGAGUGUGCGCUGUGAACAAGGCUGGAGUUGGUGAUCCAAGUGAGUCGUCUGAUCCGGUUGUUUGUAAGUCUCGAUUCGUGCCACCACACUUCGACAAGAAUGCUCUGAAGGACUUGAUCGUACCGGUUGGCAAGAAGAUUGCAUACAACGUUACGGUAGAGGCUUCACCAAAUGUAACUGCCACGUGGAAGCGCGAUGGCGUCCUGAUUCCCGAGUCCCAGAGAGUCAUUCGCGAAGCGUACAAUAAUGAAAUCUCACUGGAAAUUCCGUUCUCGAUUCGCGACGAUUGUGGUAUGUACACUUUGACGGUGAAAAAUGAAUGUGGAGAAUAUUCUGCUUCCGGUCAUGUCACUGUCCUGGAUAAACCAUCACCACCGGAAGGACCGCUACGAAUAAGCAAUAUUACAACCGAGGGAUGCCGUUUGGAAUGGAAAAUACCGAAAGACGAUGGAGGCAGUCCAAUCACUCAUUAUGUAAUCGAAAAGAUGGAUAUGUCGCGUGGAACUUGGUCAGCCGCUGGCAUGAGCACUUCAUUGAUCAAUGAAAUAUCUCGCCUUAUUCACAACAAACGAUACUCGUUCAGAGUGAAGGCCGUCAAUGAGAUCGGUGAGUCCGAACCGUUGGAUUGCUCUAAUCCGAUUAUAGCGAAGAACGACUUCGAAGAACCGUCUCAGCCACCGAAACCACAGGUCGUCGAUUGGGAUGCCAACUCGGUUAGUCUGGAAUGGAAUCCGCCUAAAUCGGAUGGUGGUGCUCCAAUUGGUGAGUAUAUCAUUCAGAAGAAAGAAAAGGACAGCCCUUACUGGAGUACGGCUGGUCGGGUACCUGGAAUUCAGCGUAAUUUGAAGGUUCCAGAUCUGGCUACGGAGACGGAAUGGGAAUUCCGUGUUAUAGCCGUUAAUGUAGCCGGUGAGUCGGAACCAUCCGAUGCUUCCGAUGCCGUGCUUACCCGUUCGCGAUUUGUCGCACCGAGAAUCGUUACACCUAUGCGCGAUAUGGUUGUUAAGGCAGGACUCAUCUUCCAUUUGGAUGUCAACUUUACGGGUGAACCGAUUCCCGAUGUUACGUGGACAUUGAACGGCAAGCCGGUUGAGACCGAUAAGCGCACCACAUUGACUGCUGUUGGUCAUCACACCAUCGUUCAUACUGUUAACUGUAAUCGUGGAGAUUCUGGUGACUACAAACUAGUAAUUAGUAAUUCUAGCGGACAGGACGAAGGUAGCUUCCAUCUCACCGUUUUGGAUCGUCCAGACCCGCCAGAGGGACCAAUGAACUACGAAGAAAUUACCGAAAAGAGCGUCACAAUCUCUUGGAAACCACCGAAGGACAAUGGCGGUUCGGAGAUUACUGGCUACGUAGUGGAGAAGAAGGAUCUUACUCACGGUGGAGGUUGGGUACCGGCAGUGGCAUAUGUCAGUCCAAAAUACACCCAUACUGUUGUACCUCGUCUGAACAAAGGAAACAAAUAUGAAUUCCGCGUUAUGGCAGAAAACUUGCAGGGACGUUCGGAUGGACUUGCAAGCAAACAUCCAGUUGUUGCAAAGGAUCAAUUCGUUCUUCCUGGACCUCCGACGAAACCGGAUAUCAUUGAUAGUGGUUAUGAUCAAGUCACGCUCAGUUGGAAACCGCCAAUUAGUGAUGGAGGUUCUCGAAUCACAGGAUAUAAUAUUGAGCGUCGUGAUGCCGCUACUGGAAGAUGGAUUAAGGCCAACAAACAUCCCAUACAGAAUGUUGAAUUCACAGAUACGGGUGUAAUUAAGGGUCACCAGUACGAUUACAGAGUAUCAGCUGUUAAUGCUGCUGGACAAGGAACGCCAAGUGACAUUUCGAACAAAUGUUGGGCUAAACCAAUGCAACAAGCUCCGUCUCUCAACCUGGACAGCUUCGGAAAGAGAAAGAUCAAGGUUCGUGCUGGAGAACCAAUUGUUCUCAGCAUACCUCUGGUCGGAGCUCCGAUUCCCAAAGUUGAAUGGUUCCGCAAUGGUGUCAAGGUACCGGAAGGUGCCAGAAUAUCUAUUGACACCAACAGCGAGCACACUGUGUUCCGUGUCGAUAAGAGUGAUCGUAAAGAUUCGGAUACGUACAAGAUCAAGGCUUCGAAUCAGUAUGGUGAGGACGUUAAGGACUUUGAGGUCAUCGUCGUGGAUCGUCCACAACCGCCGGUCAAUGUGUUUGCUUUGGAAACUACACAAGAUACGGUUACUCUCAACUGGGAUCCACCGAAGGAUGACGGAGGUUCAGAAAUCACUGGUUACAGCAUCGAAUACAAAGAAUUCCCCUCGGACAACUGGAAGAUGGUUUACGGGACUGUGCCACGGUGCUCUCAUACCAUCAAGCAUCUUACAGAGAAUCACGAGUACAUUUUCCGAGUACGGUCAGAAAACAUCUACGGAUCUUCGGAGCCCACUGAGAGCAAAACUAUCUCACCGAAGAGUCCAGAUCCACCGGCAGCCGUGGAUAAACCUGCCAUCGAAGAUUACACACCAAGCGCAUGCACAAUUUCAUGGAAACCACCCCGCGUUCAAACUCGACCAGUUACCGGUUACAUCGUUGAAAAACGUGAACGCGGAACAGGCGAAUGGGUACAGGUUAACAACUAUCCAACUGUCAAUCUUACAUACACAAUUCCCGACUUGGUGGAAGGCUUCCGGUAUGAAUUCCGCGUCAAAACGGUUAACGAAGUCGGUUGCAGCAAACCCAGUGAACCGACUGAUCCCAUCACCGCUCAACACCAGCGCAAGCGUCCCAAUCAACCGGACCCGCCAUCGAUCGACAAGAUCACACGGAACAGUGUAACGCUUUCGUGGCGUACACUGCGCAAGGAUGCCAAGGAAAAGAUCAAAGGUUACAUUGUGCAAUAUAGAAUCAAGGAUGAUGAGAAAUGGCUGGACGCAAACCUUCCGGAUGAUUUGAUCUCCGAACAAUCGUACCGCGUGGAAAAUCUUGAAGAAAACAAAGAAUAUCAGUUCCGACUGGUCGCUGUUAACGAUAUCGGCUCUUCAGAACCGUCUCGUCCAAGUAUUACCGUGAUUCUGCAAGAACAGCCCAACAAACCGAUAAUGGAUCUUCGUAAUGUUCGCGAUAUUACCGUUCGGGCGGGUGAUGAUUUCAACAUCCAUAUUCCGUACACCGCUUUCCCGAAACCGGUUGCCAGUUGGUUUGCAAACGACGAACCAAUUGAUAAUAGUGACUCCCGUAUUCACAAUCAACUUACGGACGAAGCAGCCAUUUUCGUUGUCACCAAUAGCAAACGCUCCGAUUCAAAGCAGUAUCGGUUGAUGUUGAAGAACCCAUCUGGGUACGAUAUUGCUACCUGUAACGUGAAAGUUCUGGACAGACCAUCCAAGCCGGAGAAUAUAGCCGUUGAAUCUUAUGGCGGAGAACAUUUGAUUUUGUGCUGGAAUCCACCCCUGGAUGACGGAGGCUCACCGGUUACCAACUAUGUAGUGGAAAAGAAAGACAAGAGUUCGGCGAACUGGACCAAAGUCAGUAGUUACUGCACCAGCACAUUCCUCAAGAUUCGCAACCUGCGCAUCAAUCAACAGUACGAUUUCCGAGUUUGCGCUGAAAAUAAGUACGGUCUAUCCGAGCCAGCUCAGUCAGACUCCAUCGUGGCAAGACAUCCUUUCGAUAUCCCAACUCAACCUGGAACGCCAACUCGUGUGGAUACGACCGAAGAUUCUGUCACCAUUACCUGGGCUAAACCGGCUAGCAACGGUGGUUCACCGAUUACGCAUUACGUUGUUGAGAAGCGACUGGCUGCCGAAGGUAACUGGACUAAGGUACAGCAAGGCACACUGAAGGAUCUACUCUGUAAGAUUACUGGUUUGUCUGAAAAUCGCGAAUAUGUAUUCCGUGUGGCUGCAGUCAAUGCCGCUGGGCAGAGUCCAUUCAGUUCACCAUCGGAUCCGAUUAUGGUUACAGCUGCAUUUACCGCUCCUAAGAUUACGUCUGAUAUUGGAAUGCGAGAUAUUACCGUUAUUGCUCGGGAUCCAUUCAAAAUCAUUGUGCCAUAUACUGCCAUUCCGAGACCCGAUGCAUUCUGGUUGGUCAAUGGCAAUGAAGUUUCCAAGAAUGAGAGAAUCGAUUUGUUAGUCACCGAUACGGAAGCUGUUUUCAAGAAUGACUCCGCUAAACGCUUGGACACCGGAAGUUACACCAUUCACCUGGUCAACUGUGUUGGUAAGGAUACGGCUUCGUGUCGUGUUCUAGUAGUUGAUAAACCAACUCCGCCGAUUGGUCCACUCGAGGUGUCUGAGAUCACACCGGAAUCCUGUACUCUAUCGUGGAAGGUUCCAUUGGAUGACGGAGGUAGCCCAAUUACAAAUUACAUCGUUGAACGUUACGAACCACUUGGAUACUGGACUAAGGCAAGCAGCUUUGUACGUACUACCCAUUACGACAAUAUGGGCAUGGAAGCGAACAAGCAGUAUAACUUCAGAGUUCGCGCUGAAAAUCAAUAUGGAAUCAGUGACCCAUUGAUUCUGGAAGAACCAAUCGUUGCUCGCUAUCCAUUUACCGUACCAGAUCCUCCAAAUCCACCACGUGUUUCCGAUUGGGACGCCAAUUACGUUACUGUUACCUGGGAGCGACCGCUCAUGGACGGAGGAUCGCGUAUUCAGGGUUAUAGAUUUGAAUACAGAGACGUUACGGAUAGCUCAUGGAUUGUGUGCAACUUCCUUAUUAAGGAUAAUUCCUAUCAAGUGUACAACCUGUUGCCUGGUCGCGAAUACGAAUUCCGUGUUAGAGCUCAGAAUGCUGCUGGCGUAAGCAAACCGUCGGCAUCUUCGAAGAGAUUCAAGAUUCACAGCAAGAUCACGGCACCUGCUGCCCCAGGUGCUCCGGCAAUUAUCAAGGUUGGAAAGAGCUUCGUCGAUCUCAGCUGGACAGCGCCGGCUAGUGAUGGUGGAUCAAGAAUCACUGGAUACUAUGUGGAGCGUCGCGAUGUUGGUGGAGCUCGCUGGGUUAAGUGCAAUGAAUCGAAUAUUCCGGUUACGGAGCUCACCGUUACUAAUCUCAUUGAGGGUGGAGUUUAUGAGUUCCGUGUCUACGCAGUAAAUAACUAUGGUGUUUCUCCACCAUCUCCCGAAACGCGAUCGGUCAGAAUCGGCGAACAACUGGACACGGAGAAACCGGAAUGGGUGAAGAGAUUGAAGUUCAGCCUUGUACCACUUGGAAAAUCAGUUCAGCUAAGCUGCGAGGCUCACGGCAAACCGGAGCCCGCAUGCAGAUGGUUGCGCAAUGGAAAAGAGAUCACUCACGGUGGUCAGUUCGCUUUGGAGAGCAAGAAUGGAGUAUUCUCGUUGCACAUUGCUAAUGUCACUUACCGUGAUGAAGGUGAUUACACUUGCGAAGCUCAUAAUUUCGUUGGUGUUAUUCACACAACGGCCGCUGUCAAGAUCGGUGUUCCACCGAAGCUGGUCAAUAUACCGUCAGAUGUAUAUCUGGUUAAGGGAGAAAACGCCAAGAUUAAGCUUGCAUUCAGCGGAGAUCAACCGAUGGAAGUUAACAUUUCCAAGGAUCGUGAGAAGCUUAUCGAAACGGAUCAUAUUAAGUACACCGUGUUUGAUGAUUAUGCAGUUAUUUACAUUCGUGAUGUGGAUGACAGCGAUAAGGGAGUCUACUUGGUUAACUUUAAGAAUGACAGCGGCAGUGUGUCUUGCAAUGUUAACGUGCAUGUAACCGGCUUGCCGGGACCACCGACAGGACCGUUGCUCAUUAGCCAUGUUACGAAGAAUAUGUGCACGGUGUCAUGGAAACCACCAGCUCAUGAUGGUGGCCGAAAGGUCACUCAUUACGUUGUAGAGCGUCGUGACAUUAAAUCACAGCACUGGCUAAUUGUCUCCAAUUAUGUCAAGGAAUCGCAGCUAAUCAUCAAGGGAUUGAUCGAAUUCUCGGAGUAUCUCUUCCGAGUGUCUGCUGUCAAUGAAAAUGGUAUGGGACCUGCCCUGGAAGGUGUCGAUCCUAUCAAAGCACGGGGACCAUACGAUUUGCCGUCACCACCUGGUAUUCCAAUCAUUCAUGAAGUUGGAGGUGAUUUCGUCAAUCUGGAAUGGGAGAAACCUGUAUCGGAUGGCGGAUCUCGUAUUAUCGGAUAUUGGAUCGAGAAACGUGAGCAAGGAAGCGAAACAUGGCAGCGCGUCAAUACAGUUUCCUGUUCUAUUUGUACCAUCAACUGUCCGAAUCUGGUGGAAGGACGUUUCUACGAAUUCCGUGUGGCUGCUCAGAACGAAGUAGGCGUUUCUGAGUUCUCGAAGGCUUCACAGUUGAUAAAGGCCGAGGAUCCAGACGUCUGCAAGCCUCCGGAGAUCGUCAAACCGUUGAACACACUUACCUGUGUACAGAACAGAAAUGUCGAAUUUACCUGCAAGAUUACCGGUGUUCCACGACCGAAGAUUACUUGGCACAAGGGAGCACGCGAAAUCUGCUCCGGUGCACGGUAUUACAUGUACAGCGAUGGGGACAUGCACCACCUGGCUAUCAACGACGUUUUCGGCGAGGAUGCUGACGAGUACACUUGUCGUGCUGUCAACAAGGGAGGCAUUAAGUCGACCAAAGCAUCCCUUGUUAUCAAAUCACCACCGAAGCUCAACGUUCCUCCACGAUUCCGCGACACGGCCUUCUUCGAUAAUGGCGAAAAUAUUGAAAUCAAAAUUCCAUUCACUGGAUACCCGAAACCGAGAUGCCACUGGACUCUUAAGGGCGAACAAAUUGAAUCUGGUAGCCACUAUCACAUUGAAACUCGUGAGCGCCAUACAGUGCUAACAAUUCGCGAUGGAACUCAACUCGAUUCCGGCACUUACACCAUCACGAUCGAGAAUGAGCUUGGUCAGGACACCGCUGAUAUCAAGAUUCAGAUCAGUGAUCGUCCGGAUAAACCUAGAAACCUCACAGUGGAUCAAAUCGGACUGGAUCACGUCACUCUUAGCUGGUUGCCACCAUCUUGGGAUGGAGGUGCAAGUAUUACAAACUACAUUAUUGAAAAGCGAGAAGUUCCUUUGGCCACUUGGAUUCGUGCCGGUACUACGCGGUUCAACCAGCUAAUCAUUCCGCAUCUAUCCCCUGGGCAUCAGUACGAGUUCCGAGCGUUUGCUGAAAAUGUUUAUGGCCGUUCGGAUCCGUCGGAUCAAACGGAGUUGGUUAGUUUGAAGGAUCUGGGCAUCAAACCGGCUAAGCGUGUGAAAUAUGAACUGGAUGCGAAUGGCAAACCCAAGCGUCAAGACAAACGGGAACCAAUUUCAGACUAUGACACGUACGUGUUUGACGUCUAUUCCAAAUAUCACCCGAAACCGGUGGAGAUUUCCAACAAGAGCGUAUACGAUCUGUAUGAGAUUCUGGAAGAGAUUGGAACCGGUGCGUUUGGUGUGGUCCAUCGUUGUCGUGAACGUAAGACCGGCAAUGUGUUUGCUGCUAAGUUUAUUCCAGUGUCCACGAACUCCGAACGCGAUCUCAUUCGAAAGGAAAUUGAUAUAAUGAACCAGUUGCACCAUCGUAAACUGAUUCAUCUACACGACGCCUUCGAGGAUGAUGAUGAGUUUGUUUUAAUCUACGAGUUCCUGUCCGGAGGUGAACUAUUCGAACGCAUCACCAUGGAAGGUUACAAUAUGUGUGAACAGGAGAUCAUCGAAUACAUGAAACAGAUCUGCGAAGCUGUUAAAUAUAUGCACGAGAAAAAUAUCAUUCAUUUGGAUAUCAAACCGGAGAAUGUCAUGUGUCAGACCAGGAACAGUAAUCAGGUGAAACUGAUCGAUUUCGGUUUGGCCACACGGUUGAAUCCAAACGAAAUGGUUAAGAUUUCAACGGGAACAGCUGAAUUUGCUGCACCGGAAAUUGUAGAGCGUGAACCGGUCGGUUUCUACACGGACAUGUGGGCGAUCGGUGUGCUGGCUUACGUAUUGGUCAGUGGUUUAUCGCCGUUCGCCGGUGAAACUGAUAUCGACACCUUGAAGAACAUCAAACAAGGUACGUGGGAUUUCGACGAGGUUGCCUUCAAGGAUGCAUCCGAGGAAUGCAAAGAUUUCAUCCGUCGUUUGUUGAUCAAGAAUACUGAGAAACGUAUGACGGCACAUGAGUGCUUGAUGCAUCCUUGGUUGAGCGAUAGCUACAACAGUUCGACGUCGUUGAUCUCGAUUGAACGUUACAAAACUAUUCGCGAUCAUAUUCGCAGAAAGUACGAUGACUGGGCUUCGUUCGUACUACCACUCGGUAGAUUAUCUGAAUACUCCGCGCUACGUAAGCUUCUCGUCACCAAGUACAAGAUCCAUGAAACGUCAUUCGACCGACGACAAGCCGCUCCAAGAUUUGUUAUCCGUCCACAGUCGGCCUUCUGCUACGAAGGACAGAGUUGCAAAUUCUACUGUCGUAUUAUUGGUGUGGCGACUCCAGUUGUGACGUGGUACCAUAAUAAUCAAGAGCUGAAACAAUCCGUCAAGUUCAUGAAGCGCUACGCCGGUGAUGAUUAUUACUUCAUCAUCAACAGAGUCAAAUUGGAUGAUCGUGGCGAAUACAUCAUCCGAGCGGAGAAUCACUAUGGAGCUCGCGAAGAAGUUAUCUUCUUGAAUGUUCACCCGAUGUCCAAACAGGUUCCAGUUUAUAAACCAGAAACAUUCAGUGUCAGAAAACGUGAACCCAGCCCACGUCCGUUGUGGCAGGAAGAAUCCGAUGCUGCACCAGUUUUCACUUUCGCUCUCCGGCCUCGUGUUAUGCAGUGUAGAGAUACUUGCAAACUUCUGUGUUGUCUCAGUGGCAAACCAGUACCCACGGUCAAAUGGUACAAGAAUGGACGAGAACUCAGUCGAUACGAAUACGCUAUGACGCACACUGAUGGAGUUGUGACCAUGGAAAUCAUCGACACCAAGGUAGGAGAUUCGGGCGAAUACAAGUGUGUGGCUAUCAAUCCUCUUGGAAAGGCCGAAACCAGUUCCGUUGUGAUCGUUGAAGAUCGACGCAACGCUCCGGAUAUACUUCAGCCGCAAGCGGAAGCCAGAAGAUCGUCAAUCAAAAAACCAGAAAUCAAAGCACCGUCUUCUAAACAACUUGGACCACCAGACGCACGAUCCAGGCAGUCGACACGCGAACUUUUACCACUGCAAUCCGAUAGUUUAAUGCAUCCACCGGAAUUCACCAAGAAACUGAAGGACGUAAUCGCAUCGGACGGUGAACCACUUCAGCUCAACUGUCACGUCUCUGGCGAUCCACUUCCGCAGAUCGUAUGGACCAGAAACGGUAAAAAGUUGACAUCUUCGGAUGUUAUCGAUAUUAAGUACAAAUCCGGAAUCGCUAGUCUACGAAUCAACGAACUUUUCCCGGAAGACUCGGGCACUUACGUAUGUACGGCGAAGAACUCCAUGGGCGAAACCUCUACGCAAUGUGUGCUCGAUGUGAAAAAGGGACCAGGCGGGGCUACCCGUCCCGUCGCCAAGAAAAGUGCCCAGGUGAAGGCCCCCAUCAUUAACAAGCACGCCGAAUCCGGCUACUACAAGGACGGCUCGGAAGUAACAAUCACCUGUCACAUAUCAUGCCCGGAUCCGUUCAAUGUGAUCUGGUUGCAUGAUAAUCGCGAAAUCAAAAAUACCCCCGACUUUGAAUACCGCAACGACGGCGACGUUUACUCGCUACACAUCCCGGAAAUCUUCCCCGAGGACGCCGGCACCUACACGUGCGAGGCGUUCAACAAGGGUGGUGAAAGUUUCAGUUCCUGCACCAUCACCGUGCUUGCCCAGGGCGAUGAUAAGGAACACUCCACCUUUGCCAAGUUCCCCAUUUCACUGAGUGUUCUGGAUGGAGCCAAGGCCGUAUUUAGCUGUCAAACGUAUGAAGCCCCAAGCAAGCUCGAAUGGUACAAGGACGGUGAACCGAUCAACGAGUCCUCGAACCGGUACCGAUUUGUGAAGAAGGACCAGAAAUACUCCUUUACUAUUGCCACGUGUUCGUUCGAAGAUAUUGGCCAGUACCAGGUGCGGGCGGUGACGCGCCACGGAGACGCUCUGGCUUCCUUCUCCGUCAAUGUUAGUGCGUAGGAAAUGUUUAGGUGGUAAGAUAUUUAGGUUGUUAGCUAGGUAGAUAUAAUGGAACAAUCAAUUUUUCGAAAGGAAUAGAUUUUUGUAUCUCUUUUUUUAUUUUGUUUGAACGAACUGUGCCGCAACUGGAUGAGUAACGCCAUUUCUUGUCCUUAUGUGAAAGUAUAUUUUUUGUAUAGUAUUAUUAUUUAUUUGCAUCCAGUUCGGCACAUUUAGAAGGGCAUUGAUUUUUCACUGAAAACACGAAAAUAACAAAAAAAUAAUAAACGAAAGAGUUAAUUUAAAGAA